AUGGCCAACGAUCUGGAAGUCCUCCUGGGUAUGGGCUUUGAUGCUCAGAGAGCAGAGCUGGCAGUUAAGAAGACCGGCGGCCUCCAAGGAGCUCUGCAAUGGCUAGAAGAUAACCAGGACAAAUCGUGGGAGGAGAUAAGCAAGCCCGCGGAAGCAGACGACGAGGAGGGAAACCAGUCGAUCGAAGCGAAGCCCCUGGAGGCUGGCGAGGUAGCUAAGUCGAUGGUGUGUGAGGACUGCGGGAAGAAGCUGCGGAGUAUGAUGCAAGCGCAAGCCCAUGGAGAGAGAACUGGGCAUGAGAACUACGCAGAGUCCGCGGAAGAGCUUGCGCCUCUGACCGAAGAGGAGAAGAAGCAGAAGUUGGAAGAGCUGAGACAGAAAGCUGCGGAACGAAAGGCUUUGAAGGCCAUCCAAGACAGAGAGGAGGCCAAGGCAAACGAGAAAAUCAGAAUGAAGGCCACCAAGGAAGUCCAAGACGCAAAGGAGAACCUGGCCAAGCAGGAGCAGAUCAAGGCUGCCGCAAAGAAGCGCCAGGAGAAAGUCGACGACCUCGCCGCGAAGCGCCGCAUCCAAGAGAAGAUCGCCGCCGACAAGGAAGCUCGUCGUCUCAAGGCCGAACAGCAAAAGGCCGAGCGCGAAGGCAAGGCUCCUCCUCCCGAUCCAUCCCUCGCUGCGGCUGCAGCGGCCCAAGCCGCGUCCAGCUCCACACCAAAGAAAGCCGUCACAGAUGCUCGAUUGAGAUUACAGACCGUCACGGGGGUUGUAAUGAAGACUUUCCCCGCCGAGACGACUUUGUUCGAGGUUGCUCAGACUUUGGAGACGAAUAAUGGGGGUGUUGCGGUCGAGAGCUUCACCAUGACGUAUCCCAAGAAGACAUUCAGCAGCAUCGAUUUUGGGCAGUCUCUGAAGGAAGCUGGGUUGGCACCUAGUGCUGUCCUAAUUGUGAAGUGA